AUGUCUCUGUUUUUCAGCCGAAUCUCUGCACGGAGGAACAAUGCUCGUUUCUUCUCAUCCUUGCCUCAGUCCCCGUGUUUGCUUCUUGGAAGCAAGACCUUGCGAGAGUUUCCCGAGGGAAAAAUCGUGAAUCAGUUGUUCUUCAACCCGGCAAAGGAAGAGACAGUGUGUAGCAGGGAGAAGAAGGUUCCCAAGGAGCUCGAUGGGCAAAUUUUUGUGGGAGCAUCGCAAGGUUGGGUCGCUUCUGUCAACAACAAAGACCUUACCGUACAUCUCACGGAUCUGCACAAGCCGUGGGUCUCAUCUCCAAGACUCGUAUCAUUGCCUUCCCUCGAGUUUAAACCCUCGACCUAUGCCACGGAAAUGUCUCUCUCUACUUGUGAUCCUGUCCAAGAUCAAGACUUUACUGUGGCUGCAAAGUUCAAUGAGUCUCGGCUAAGUAUUUGA